AGUCAAUGUCAAAUCAACGAUCACUUAACUUGACGUUUGUGAUUUUUGAAAUUUGAAUUGUUUUUGUAAAAAUGGCGUUUAGCUUUCCUGCGUUUUCUUAUGUUAUAGCCUUAAUUGUUGAUGCUUUUCUAAUAUUUUUCUCAAUAUUUCACGUGAUAGCGUUCGAUGAGCUGAAGACCGAUUAUAAGAAUCCAAUAGAUCAGUGCAACAGCCUCAAUCCCUUGGUGUUGCCGGAGUAUUUGCUGCAUUUAAUUAUAAAUCUGCUGUUCCUGUUGUCCGGAGAAUGGUUUUCACUGUUGAUAAACGUUCCACUGAUCUUGUAUCACAUUCACAGGUACAAUAACAGGCCGGUGAUGUCCGGGCCAGGGCUCUAUGACCCCACAAGUAUUAUGAACGCUGAUGUAUUGACUGUGUGUCAGAGGGAAGGCUGGAUAAAGUUGGCAUUCUAUUUGCUUUCAUUCUUCUUGUAUCUCUAUGGAAUGAUAGUGGUUUUAAUAGCGGUUUGAUAGCGAAGAGGAGUGUGUUUUUAAAAUUCCAUGAAAUCAUUAUUUAUUUAUUAGAGUCCCCUAAGGAGAGUUAUGGUCGAACAAAUGCUUGUUGUUGUGUAGACACCAAAAAUGUCUAAAUUGUGGAAAUGUUUUGGUAAUAAAAUUCUUAAUUUUUAA